AUGGAUUGUUUAACGUCAAACACAGAGCUUUCUUUUCCAGCUCUAAUGAAGCGAGCUGAGUUGGAGUUAGGUGAGACCCCGGCAAGAAGAGCAAAAGCUCUCACGGAGCUAAAGGAUCUCAUUAAGGCUUACGCAAGUUGUGGAGUUUACCUUGUCAUCGAUUUCAAAGGCUGUAGUUUUCAACAAGUGCUCCAUAUUUUAUCCAUAAAAUUUCUCACAACACUUUUCAGAUAUUUACAGGAAUGUUGGCCAUGUCGACUCAAAGGCCUUCAUAUAAUAUACGAGCCUUUAGCCGUUCAUUAUGCAUACCGCAUUAUAAAAUUUUUCCUUUCAAAGAAGAUGAAGGAAAGGUUUUUUAUGCAUGGUAGUGAUAUGACAUCUCUGCAUAAACAUAUUCCCCGGGAUACUCUACCCCAAGACUGUGGAGGAACAGGAGAGCAUGCCAACGAAGAUGAAUUUCGAACACUCAUUCUCAAUCACCAAUCUUACAUACAGAAACUGAAUCAGUACGGCUUUAAAAUCAACUCAGUACAUACAUAAAAUCUCUAUUGUGAUGUGCAUUGUAUAAUAUGCAUGUCUAUUCAGUGAUAAUGUGACACUGAUUAUUAACGUAUUGGUAUGCUUUUCUAGCCUUCUAAAAAUAAUAAUUUUUGUGGUUAAA